UGGGGAGGACAGCUCUCGGGUGUCGAUCACCUUCUUCCGUCUAUUUCGAGUGAUGCGAUUGGUCAAGCUGCUGAGUAAAGGGGAGGGGAUCCGUACGCUGCUGUGGACUUUCAUCAAAUCGCUUCAGGCUCUGCCGUACGUCGCUCUGCUCAUCGCCAUGAUCUUCUUCAUCUACGCCGUCAUCGGGAUGCAGACGUUUGGGAAGAUAGCGAUGCAGGAUUACACUCAGAUCAACAGAAAUAACAACUUCCAGACGUUUCCUCAGGCUGUUCUCCUCCUCUUCAGGUGUGCCACAGGUGAGGCGUGGCAGGAGAUCAUGCUGGCCAGUCUCCCCGGGAAACGGUGCGACCCCGAGUCGGACUUUGAGCCAGGAGAAGAGUUCAGCUGCGGUAGCAACUUCGCCAUUGUCUACUUUAUCAGCUUCUUCAUGCUGUGUGCUUUCCUGAUCAUAAAUCUGUUUGUCGCCGUCAUCAUGGACAACUUUGACUAUCUGACACGUGAUUGGUCGAUUCUGGGACCACACCACCUGGACGAGUUUAAGAGGAUCUGGUCUGAGUACGAUCCGGAAGCCAAGGGUCGGAUCAAGCACCUGGACGUCGUGGCCCUGCUCCGGAGGAUCCAGCCUCCGCUGGGUUUUGGAAAGCUCUGUCCUCACAGAGUGGCCUGUAAG